AUGUCCACCCCAUCCAAUCGCCCACGCGGAGGGGGCCGUGGUCGCGGCCGCGGCUUUGGCGGUGCCAACGGCCCGCGCCCGCAGAAGAGAAAGGCGUUGACCGACGACACGCCCGGCGACCGCACCCCGGCCUUCCCUUCGGGUGUGAUGACGCCAGUCACCACAACCGUCUCGCAGGCGACCACGCAGACACGCUUCGCCGACUUCAAGGGUAUCAGCCCCGAGCUCCUCGCCAAGAUUCCCUUCGAGUUCUGCACCGAGGUGCAAGCCGCGACGCUGCCGGCUAUCAUUGCGAACCGCGACGUGCUCGCGCAGGCCAAGACUGGCACGGGCAAGACGAUGGCGUUCCUCGUCCCCUCGAUCCAACGUAUGAUCACCGCCUCGUACGCCAACCUGGCGCACACGUCUAUCCUCGUCCUCUCGCCCACGCGUGAGCUCGCGCAGCAGAUCGCCGCCGAGGCCGAGCGUCUCCUCGGCUCUGGUGGAGUGUACGGCGUUCAGUGUGUCGUGGGCGGCACAAACAUCAAGUCGGACAUUCGCGACCUCAAGAACAAGCGCGCUGACGUGCUCAUCGCCACGCCAGGCCGUCUUGUCGAUCUCCUCGAGAACGCCGACAUGAAGCCCCGUUUUGAGCAGCUCGCUACGCUCGUGCUCGAUGAGGCUGACCGUCUCCUCGACCAGGGCUUUCGCCGCGAGCUGCUCAAGAUCCUCGAGAGCCUGCCCAACCGCAAGUCUGUGCCGCGUCAGACACUCCUGUUCUCGGCCACCGUCCCCGCGGAAGUUCACUCGAUCUCGUCCAUCGCUCUCAACGCGGACCACGAGUUCAUCUCGACUCUCAAGGAUGAGGAUAUCAACGCACACGAGCACGUCGUGCAAGAGUCCCUCGUUGUCCCCGCCAAGGACAUGCUUGCAGCGACGAUUGAGGUGCUCCGGCGUGAGGAGAGCCUUGGUGCCGAGCGUGGCGGAUUCAAGGUGAUGGUCUUCCUCCCAACGGCGCGCGCGGCGGGCCUGUUCUACGACGUCUUCAAGGCGCAGCGCACCGCCUUCCCCGUGUGGCAGAUCCACUCGCGCAUGUCGCAGUCGAAGCGCACCAAGGCGACCGACGAGUUCCGUGCGUCGCCUAACGGCGUGCUCUUCUCCUCGGACGUCACUGCCCGCGGCAUCGACGUUCAGGGUGUGACAGGUGUCGUCCAAGUAGGCCUCCCAGCCUCUGGCGAGCAGUAUGUGCACCGCCUCGGGCGUACUGCGCGCGCCGGUGCCAAGGGUCACGGCGUUCUCAUUCUCGCCGACUUUGAGUCCUUCUUCCUGCGCGACGUGACGAUGAAGACCUUCACGCUGCACAACUACCCGGCCGUCGACGCUGGAGCGAUGUCCCAGGCCCAUGCCGUUGCGAACCGUGCGCUCGCGUCCGUGGACGAGGAGGUCAAGGGACAGGCAUACCAGGCGUGGCUGGGCUACUACAACUCUAGCUUGAAGAAGUUGCGAUGGAGCCAGACCGAGCUCGUGGCGCACGCGAACGAUUUUGCGCGCGAUGUCCUCCGCACCGAGCCCCAGGGCCCGAUGUGGGCGCCGCCUGGUCUGCUCGCCAAGACUGUUGGCAAGAUGGGUCUCAAGGGCGUGCAAGGGCUUAACAUCCUGCGUGGCGAGGAGGCUCAGGCGCGUCUGGCUGGCCGUCAGCAGGGCCAGAGGCAGCCUCCGAGACAGGCUGCGCCUGUUCCUGGGGCCGCGCAGCAGCAGCCUCAGCCGUCCUUGAUGGGCCGCAUGGGCGGCUUCAACCACGGUAUGGACGGGGCCACUCCCAACCCCAACGGUGGUCGUGGCGGUCGGGGAGGACGUGGUGGACGCGGUGGACGUGGUGGACGUGGGAGAGGACGCGGGGCGGCCGCGGGUGGUUGGUAG